AUGUCUAUGUCCCUCUCAAACGAGCAACAAGUCCUUCAAACCAUCUCCUUCACUAUACUCAAUGACAGCACAAUUGACCACAGGUUCUCGCACGAAGGUAGAAGAUGGAGGAAAGCUAUGCGGACGAUCAGGAAGCAGACAGGAUGGCUACGGACGCUUUGGGGUCGGGACAUGAAUACCUCCCAUAAGGUUGAUAUAUUCAUUGUCUGGACCGACAUCCAAGCAGCAGAAUCAUUCGAAACAAGCCCUACUUUUGACGUUGUCCUCGAAGGUAUCAAUAUCUCUCCACUCAAAGUCCACUGCAUUACCACCCACAGCAAUCUAUCUCCACACGGCCUUACAGAAUUGGUCACUCUCUUCUUCCCCCCAGCCCUUACGCACGAGGACCAAGAGUUCUUCGAAGAACAAUUACAACAUUAUACCGCAAGACUUCCGCACGAUGAAAUCCGAUCAAAGGUCCACGGUUGGACUCUAGGACCGGUGCAGCACGGUGCAGAUACUGCGAGGGGUUGUCUGGUUUUCUUGGAGUGGGGAAGCUUGGAUCAGAUGUUCAAGGUGAAGAGGAAUGAAGAUUCGCUAUUCAAUAAUUGUUUUGUGCCAUUGAGGGAUGAGGCGGAGAGGGGGGCGAGGACAGCGCUCUAUACUAAGUUGAGGGAUGGCGGGAAGGAGAGGUCGGUUUGUGCGUUCAUGUGA